CAUGCGCUCUCGCGGCCAGCGAUCUUAUAGGCCUGAAUGGCAGCAUUUUCUUGUGCUGCCGUAGCCAUCUUUGUUGAUGUGUCACCUCGGAAAGCCUUGGUGACGAAACAAAUCGGUCCUUCAUUUAUGCAGUGUUAGGUUUUACUCAGGACUGCUGAUUAUACUUAUUAGCAGAAUGAAGGUGACAUUUCCAUAAAUAAGGCCCUAGACAAAGUGACAGAAUGGAGCCAGAUGCACCUGUUACAGAAAUACUUACCACAGAUGAGUUGCCAGAAUUGCAAAAUAAAAACAUGCUCACAAUUGCCAGUGAUCUACCUCUUGAUGAAAGCUCUGUUGACAAUAUAACUGAAUCUUCAAAACCAGAAAAUGCAGAUUCUGAUUCUCCCAAAAACCUUUUGGUAGAUGAUUCUGACAUUCUUGGAAACGAGUGCUAUGUUGUUUCAAAUGUGGAUGUUGUGAAAAAGGACAUUACAAUUCCCCUUGAAAAUGCUGGAAGUACUAAGGAAAAAGGAGUGUCUUUAAUAGAGAACAGUUCAUUGGUUGCGGACCCCAUUACUUUUGAGGAGGCACCUUCUGGAUCUUCUUUAUCUAGUGGUGAGAACCCACAGGGAACAGGACCUUUAGAAGACAAAAAUUCUGAUUCACAGACUUGCCAUGAACUGAGUCCUUUAAUUUUACAUAACACUGAUAGUACCCAGAUUAUGAUUUCUGAUAUUCAGCAAACAUUAUCGCAAGAGAAACUGCUGAAUGAAAUAGAGUCUGAAUUACUUUCAUGUGAUUUUAUCACAAAAGGAAGUUUUCCAAAUGGGAUUAAAAGUGAAGUUAUCUUUGACCACUGUGUACAAAGAAAAUGUUUGCAGCAAGAAAAAGCAAUUGCAAAGUUAAUAGAAGAAAACAAGAAACAUCAAGAGCUUAUUUUGGCAAUCUGUUCUGAGAAGGACACCAUGAAAGAAAAAUUGAAAAGCUACACCGAGACAGAAAAACAGUAUAUUGUUUCCAUUAAAAAGCUUGAAGAAAGAAUAGAAGAACUUUCAAAAGAUCUUGCGUCCUCAAAAGACAAAAUGAUCUCUCAAGAUGCUGCUGCCAAGAAUGCAAUUCAGCAAUUACAAAGAGAAAUGGCCUUUAGACUUGACCAAGCCAACAAAAGAUGUGAAGAAGCUCGGCAAGAAAAAGAAGCAAUGGUGAUGAAGUAUGUGCGAGGAGAGAAGGAAGCACUGGACCUACGCAAAGAGAAGGAGGUUUUAGAGAGGAAGCUACGAGAAGCAAAUAAAGAAAUAGACAAGCAUUUAAACAAAGUAAAACAGCUGCUUCAAGAGAAGGGCCGUUUGCAACAUCUUCAUGAUACAAAGGAAGGAGAAGCAGUGCGAUUAACUAGAGAGACUGAAAAGCUUAAAGAAGAAAUUAACUCUCAUAUCAUCAAAGUAAAAUGGGCUCAAAACAAACUGAAAACUGAAACAGAUGCGCACAAGGAAACAAAAGAGAGGUUAAGAGAUAUCACCGUCAAGCUUACCCAAGCUAAGGAAGAAGCUGAACAGAUUAGGAGAAAUUGCCAAGAAAUGAUUAAAACUUACCAGGAAUCUGAAGAAAUUAAAUCUAAUGAAUUAGAUGCAAAGCUUAAACAGACGAAAGGAGAACUAGAAAAACAAAAACAAGAAAAGACAGAUCAGUUAGAGCUUCAUCAAGCAAAAAUCAAGGAGCUUGAUGAUUUGAAGAGAACCUUUAAAGAAGGAAUGGAUGAACUCCAUACUUUGCGUACAAAGGUAAAAUGCCUUGAAGAGGAAAGGUUAAGAACAGAAGAUGAACUGAAUAAGUACAGAGAGAUUAUUAAUAGACAAAAAAGUGAAAUUCAGAAUCUGUUGGAUCGAGUAAAAGAUGUCCAAAAAUUAGAAGACCAGCAACACAGGGACAAACAGGAAAUUGAAUUAUUGAAAGAGGAGAUAAAUAAUCUUAAUGCCCUAGUUGCUGACUUUCAAAAGGAUAUUGAUGGCAGUCGAAAGAGAGAAUCAGAACUACUGAGCUUUACAGAGAAACUGACCAGCAAAAAUGCUCAGCUGCAAUCAGAAAGCAACACCCUACAGGUUCAGCUUGAUAAAGUAACCUUCAGAGUGAAAGAUCUAGAAGAUAAUUUGGAACAAAUGGGUCAUACAAAUGCUGAAUUAAUGAAUAGGUUGCAGAAAGAGGAGGCUUUGAGGAAAGAAGAAGUUGAAGCUCUUCAGAGUGAGAGAACGUCCCUUCAAAAACAAGUUGCUGACUUGAAUACGUCUGUUGAAGAACUUAAUGACGAACUUGUGACACAGAGACGAAAGCAUGUGGCUAAUCUAAAAGAUCUUACUAAACAGCUUGUUCAAGCUCGAAAAAAACUUGAUCAGAUGGAAAAUGGUAACUACGACAAAGAAGCCAGCAGUAUGGGGAGUCGCUCAAGCUCAUCCGGUUCUUUAAAUGCUCGAAGUAGCAAUGAUGAUCGAUCUCCUGAGAACACCGGUUCAGUGGUUGCUGUUGACAGCUUCCCUGAAGUAGAUAAGGCUGUGUUAAUAGAAAGGAUUGUGCAGUUGCAGAAAGCACAUGCAAGAAAAAAUGAGAAGAUUGAGUUUAUGGAUGACCAUAUCAAACAACUUGUGGACGAAAUUAGAAAGAAAACAAAAAUAAUUCAGAGUUAUGUUCUUAGAGAAGAGACUGGUGCAUUGUCUUCAGAAGCUUCAGAUUUUAAUAAAGCUCACUUAAGUAGGCGAGGAGGAAUCAUGGCUUCUUUGUAUACAUCACACCCAUCAGACAGUGGUCUUACUCUGGAAUUAUCCUUAGAAAUCAACAGAAAGUUGCAAGCAGUUUUAGAAGAUACACUACUGAAAAACAUCACACUCAAGGAAAAUCUUCAAACCCUUGGAUCAGAAAUAGAAAGACUUACAAAGCAAAAGAUCCGGAGCAGUGACUGAAGAAUGGUUUCAUAUUUUCCAGAUUUGUCUCUUUAUUUAAUGUCCUGAAACAGGAUGAAUUGUUGCACCUUAAUGGUUACGACAAAUUGGUUAAUCAUGCACAUUUUUGUGUCUGUAUAAAUAAACACAUUCUGGACAGUAACAGAUGCUGUUUUCCUUAUAUGCCAAAUGUGCCAUUUAUGAAGUUUUUUUUUAUAUAUAACCAUAACUACCAUUGUAAAAAGCAUCUGGAUUUAUACAGUUGAAAUGCUACCACCCUAUCUUUAAAAAUCCCUCCAUCCCCAAAAAAUGGUGAGUAAGGAAGAACUAAGCCUUUUCAUGGCAUACUCAUCUAAACUGGUUUGGAUAAGUUACGUUGCCAUUUAGAAUUCCUCACAGGAUAAUCUUUCAUUUUUAUUUUUGUAAGCUAAUUAAUCUGUUCUUUGCAUGUUGUUUUUAGCACUUUGUGGAAUGAACUUUGUGCAAGAAUAUGUGUAUAUCAAAUACAUUGUGGUAUCUAAAUGAAAAAUGCACUUUUGCCAAAAUUAGUUAUGACAAAGUAAGAAAUUAUUUACCCUCCCCUAAAGAUGCAUGUGAAAAUGUCUAAAGGAUUUACAUGAUUACUACAUUGCAAUGAAAUGUAAAUGCUCACAUGAAACAAGGUGAAAACAUGUUUUAUUUGUUUACCCUUUUAAAGACAUCCAGAAACAGAUUUUCUAAAAAGUUUCUGUUUUACAUUAUUCUAGGAUAUACUAAACAAUAUCAUGUUUAUCAUUGACAUACCUUUUAAAAAUCCACUUUGAAUGUAAUUCAAUGUAGGCACUGAAGACAAUUUUGGCUUUUAAUUUUAUCUUCUUCUUGCACUUUUUUAAACUUCGGUCGAAGCCACCAGUACACUAUUUCAGUAUGUUCAUGAAGAUGAUUAGAAUUGCCUAGAGGCUUGUCAGUAUUUAUUGCAGUUUGUUUCCAAUCUUGCCUAUCCAUUCAUCCCUUUUUAUUUUUAUCAAUAUUUUUUUUUGGUGUAAUACUCUUUGCUCUGUUUAUGUCCCUUUUUUUCUUUUCUUAAUUUAUAGUUUUAGGUGCCUGCCUAAGUGGCCUAUCUGGGCAUUGCUUUCAUAUUCUCUUUUGGGAGGACCUGGGGGACAGAAUUGUUAGAUCCUGUUAGAAAGGGAGAGUAAUGUAUUAAUAAAUUCCAUUCAGCAUGAUUAAAGGGAGGCAAUGGACAGCUUAUUUAAAUAAUUUGAAGUAUAUUUCAUUAACUUUGUAAAUAGGGAAAGUGCAAUUAUUAUGUAUGAUGUGAUUAAGGUUUGAACAAAGGAAUGUAAACUAUUCAAAUUGUUUUUAUGGUAAACUAAGUUGAUCACUAAUGAAGGUUAAACGUCUCAGGGUAACGAAUCAGAACAGUUGAGACAUAAGCUUUGGACCAUCUGCAUAAAAAUUUAAUAAAAUAAGGUCAGAGCAGAAAUUGGAUAUGAUAAUUAAUGUUCUACUGGAAGUUUUGAUUAUGAAAGGAUGAUUCACUUAGCUAGAAAGUUUGUUUUCCUUUGCCAAAUAUAUAUGAGAGAACGUUUGUGUCAGUAGUGCUCUGGCCACAUUUUUGAAUCUCGUCAUCUUAUGGCAUAUAAAACUAAUGCAAAAAUGUAAUUUGUAGCUCUGCUGACUAACUUUGCCAAGUUCAUCAAUGUAUGCAUUUCAUAUGUUACAAAAACAAUACAACUAUGAGCCGUGAUGUUGUCAAAAAAUCCCACGGAUAUGUCAUUCAUAUUAUGUAAUAGAACAUUAAAUACAAUUGUAGCAAAAUAACACUACGGUCACAGUCACACUAGCUAACUGACAACCAAAUUUUUCAGAUUGGAACUGAACUUAUGUGGGUAACCCUAUUUGUUGAAAGCAAAAAUGUGGAAAGGGUUUUGGUUUUUACUUAAAUAUUUGGUUAAAAUUGCCUGUAAUUGUUAUAUAUUACUGUAAAGUCUAAUUCUGUGAAAAUCAGUUCUUUCCAGGAAACAAAAAUGUAAUAUUGUUUAUCAUGUAUGUGUUUAAGUAUAUUAAAAAAAAAAUACUAACUUUCCCAAAUGUCAAAUCUUAAAUGAUUACGUUAUGUACCAGUUUCGGGUUUUUCGUACUAUAAUAGAAUUUAACCUUAAAUGUUAAAAUAAACAUGACAGAACAUAUGUCUAUUUUUAUUUGCAGGUUUUUAGGUUUAGUUAAAAUCAUGAAAUUGCUAAACCUGUUGCUCUAAAAUUUUAAAUUUGACUCCUUUAAUUAUUAGAUAACAUCAACAGAAAUAUGCCUCUUCAGUCAUCUUGUAUUUUCUAGCCUAUUUCUCCAGUUGGCAGAAAGCUGUUGCCUGCCCUGGCAGCACUGGGCACAAGAUGGGAACCAGUCAUGGACAGAGCUCUAGUUCACCCCAUGGCUCACACACAGUCUCAUGUAGUUUUUCAUUUUGUAGUUCCCUAUUAAUCUAACACACAUUUUUGGGAUUUAAAAGAAAAACUGAAUAACUCCAAGAAAACCUUUGCAGACAUCCAGGAAAUGUGCAUUGUCCACACAACCAGCAUUUGAACCUUGGACUGUGUCACUCCACUGCCCACUUAUCAGUUGUAUUUCAGACUAUUUUAACUCCAUUUAACACUAUGUUUACUGAAAACAUUUUCAAAAUUUCCCCUCCAGAAGGGGAACUUUGCUUCUAGAGAUGCAUAGGCAUAUAUUGAAUUCUUACCAGGGUCUUUGCUAAUACUAAUUUUUAAAAAAUGUUUUACAGUUUCGUUAAAAAAGCUUGUAGUUUUGAAGUGACCUAAAAUGCUGUAAAUAUCUGAGUGAUGUACUAUACUGUUCAUAACUUUACUGAAAUUUGGCAAUGCAUUUUCAAAAAAUGCUUUUAAUCUUUUUAUUUUUUUAAUGGUUUAUCAUAUUAUCUUUAGCCAGUUUCCUUGAAACUUGUGGGGAUCAGAUGGGCCACCAUCAAUUACUGUAUCUUGGCCUCUAAAAAAGAAAACCAAGCAAAUCAGUAGAAGGUAUCCAGAGUGGAUCAUCUCUUCCAGAUCUACUGCUCAUAUUGAAACUCAAACAUUGACAUUUAAAGAUGCAAACACUCACAUUUACAUCUCAUUAAAAUGCUGCAAUCUUGGGAAAGAACUGUUAUAAAGUCAAUUAGAUGGGUUUUGACAUAGUAGUGUUUAGCUGGGGUGAGAGGUCAAAGUGCAUCUUUUUGUAUCUGCAGUGGAAAUGCGAAGUCAGCAUUUUAGGGUAUCAGAGCAGACUUUCGUAAACAUUUGAAUGACCCUGGGCAACGAAGUGAGUGCACUUUACUUUCAAUGGAAAAAUCAAGACUCUUUCCACAUUGCUUUAAAUGGCUCAAGUACAGCUGUUUUCCCUUGCAGAUGUUCAACAUAAUUUAAUAUGUAACACAAUGUAGUGUCCUGUCUGUCUAAAUGAUUAUUUUGUAAUUUUGAUUGAAUGUUUCAUAGCAGUCUUUUUAAAACUUUUUGUCUCCAUUUUCUCUUCCAAAUGCAAAAAUUUUACCCUUUAUCCUGAUUUAAAUAUGAAGUUGUAUUUAAAAUCUGUAGAUACAGGUUUGUGUAUAAAUGGACAAGAUUUUAUAAAUGUAUGGUUCUACAUAUUGUAUAUAUUGCUCUUAAAAUAAAUCAUUAAAGUUGAA